CAAGGAAAAAAUGAAGGAGCUGUCCAUGCUGUCACUGAUCUGCUCCUGCUUCUACCCAGAGCCUCGCAACAUCAACAUCUACACUUACGACGACAUGGAGGUGAAGCAAAUCAACAAACGUGCCUCCGGCCAGGCUUUUGAGCUGAUCUUAAAGCCGCCAUCUCCCAUCUCAGAAGCUCCACGAACCUUAGCUUCUCCAAAGAAGAAAGACCUGUCUCUGGAGGAGAUCCAGAAAAAGCUGGAGGCUGCGGAGGAAAGAAGAAAGUCUCAGGAGGCUCAGGUGCUCAAGCAGUUGGCGGAGAAGAGAGAACACGAGCGAGAAGUCCUCCAGAAGGCUUUGGAGGAGAACAACAACUUCAGCAAGAUGGCGGAGGAGAAGCUGAUCCUGAAGAUGGAGCAAAUUAAGGAAAACCGUGAGGCUAAUCUAGCUGCUAUCAUUGAACGUCUGCAGGAAAAGGAGAGGCAUGCUGCCGAGGUGCGCAGGAACAAGGAGCUGCAGGUUGAACUGUCUGGCUGAAGCAAUGGCGGGUAUGGCACGCCCCUCCCAUAGUAAAUCCCCCUGCCUAUAUUAUAAUGGAUCAUUCGAUACCAGUAUGGGAAAUGUAUGACAUGGUUUAAAAAAGAAUUCCUUAUCAAAACAAAACAAAACAAAAAAACAGAAUCAAAGAAUAAAAUAAAACCAAUGCAGUCUCUUUGCAGAAUGUUUUGCUUGAUGUUUAAAAAAGUACCUUGGAUCUUAUUUUGUAAAUAUUUACAUUUUUGUUAAAAAAUACAAGUAUUGCAUUAUGCAAGUUAUUUCAUAAUCUUACAUGUCCUGUAACAGGCUUUUGACGUUGUGUCUUUCCACUCAAAUGAAUUUGCUAGGUCUGUUCCUUUUAAAGCUCUCCAUGUCGAACUCCGGUCCCUGCCCUUUUCACUCUAACAGAAAAAAUGAGGUCAGUAGACAGUCUAUGGUGCUAGAAACCCACCAUUGCCUAAUGACCUAGAUGACUCCAUAAUCUCUGAGCUUAACCAAGACCACAUCUAGAUCCCAGGUCCUGUGUCACCACAGGAACCUCCACGUUUGUCUGCUCAUAACCUGCUUCCUGCCUAGAAUCCGCAGAGCCAGGCUAAGUAAAUCCACCAACCAUAGCACUCUCUCUGCCUCUCGUGGGUGUUAUGUGCUUCAGAUGUGUGCGGGUUUUGGAAA